CAAUAAAUAUGGAAUUAAUUCAAAAACUUGGAAAGUGGAAAUACAAUGACGAAUAUCAGGCACAUGUCACAGUUUCUUUUACUGAAUUAGACGAUAUUGUUGAACAAAUAGUUCACAUAGAAGAUUUAGAAGAAAGAGAAGUUUAUGGGAUAUGUAUUGAAUGUAAUAAGCCUGGCACAGGAAAGGAAUGGUGUCAACCUUGUAACGCUAGAAGGGUUAAGAAAAAUUUUAAAAAUUGGACCAGUGAAAAAAAUAAUAUUGAUGAACUAAUACAGAAUUCACAAAUUAAUGCCAUACAUUCUACAAAAUGCCUUGAAUGGAUACUCUAUGAAAAUUUUCAAACCAUUGUUAAUAUUAAUAAAGAAAAUUCUAGCAAAAUUUAUUUGACUGAUUGGCCUAAAAAAAAAAUUUUUUAUUCAUGGAGUACUGAAAAUAAAGAAUGGAGACGAUAUUCAAAUAAUGGCGUAACAUUAUAUGAAAAAUAUGAUCAUCUAUUUACAAGAAAAGUUUUGGCUUGCGACAAAUUAUUUAUCGAUGACCUUAGAUCAGCCACUUCAACGCAAACUGAAUUAUUUAAAUCUCUCUUAACUUGGGCGUACAGCUUAGUUAAAUAUAAUAAGGAAAACCCGUUUGCAAAUCCACUUUCUCUAGAUUUUUUUCAUAGGAUAAGGCUUACAUUAAAUGAGGAAGAUUUGAAUUUUUAUGACAAAUUCAUUUGGAUGAUGAAUUUGUAUAAAAAUAAUAUAAUUGACGAUAAUUCUUAUAAUGAUCUAAUUCCUGUUUCUGAAUUGAGGUUUAGUAAAUCAUCAUCAAUAAAUGAAAAACAACUUGGAGCUUCCAACUUUAAAGUGAAAUUAAGUUUUGAAAAUUGGGCAGGAUAUGCUAAUUUAAUAAGAUGGAUUAAUAAAAAUCAUCUUUUCCAAGGUCUAACAAUUGAUAAGCAUUUUAAAUUAAAACUUGGCAAAAAAAUGGCUACUAUUAAUUUCGCAAAAAUUCCUAAUGGAGAUUCAAGUAAUAAGUUUUGUAUGAAAAUGAUGAAACCAACAACAAAGAUAGAAGAAUUUUUAACAUCUAAUAAUAUUUUUUCAAUUAAAGAUAUAAGUUCUUUUCUUUUUAUUAAAGAAACUGAGCAAUACAGAAUUAGUACGUCUUACGUUUUACCUUCAGAAGAAUUCAAACAAGCUAUAGAAAAAGCACUUGAAAGUAUGAAGCCACUUAUAUGUUUACAAAAUGUAUUUGACGAAUAUGGGCAUGUUUUUCCAUUAAAUGUUGUUUUGGGAAAACCACUUAAAUAUAUUUCGCCAAACUCCUCCAUGUCUUAUAUCCAAGAGAUUGAUUUAAAACCAACACCAUUUGAAGCUUUAAAUUUGCAUUCAGAUAAUUUGAGUAUUUUGCACCUUCUAACAACAAAGGGAAGCAUUAUCGGAAAAAGUGAUCUAUCUCAAAACAUGGAUGAUAGUUUAGAAACUAUUGAAUUUGAUGAUGUAAUUUCUUCAUUUGAUGUUCUUGAAGUAGAACAAAAGAGAAAAAUAGAUGUUAUUUUAAAUAGACAAAAUGAUCUUAAAAUUAUAAUGACAGGAAUUGAAGAAUUGAAAGACUUACCAGAUGUUAACAACACUGAGCAUUAUAAGCGAAUAAACAUAAAACCAUCAUUAGAAAAUGUAAACUAUAAAGUCUUUGGAUCAGUUAUUUCGAAAAAUAAUUUAAGAUUAAAAGAUGUUUUAAUUUCAUUUGAAUUAUAUGACUUUAAUGGAUUUACUGCAAUGAUCAAAACUUUAAAUAGCACAAAUAUUGAUAUUAGAGAAUGUUAUAUUUUGUGGAUGAUUAUUGGAAAUCCUUCAAAAUUGUCAGUUUUUAGCCCAAGAAAUCGAGAAUUACUAGUUUAUUGCAUUAAAGAACAUAUUACAUUACAGCGUAAUAAUUCUUGCUAUCCAAUAAAAACUCCUUGCCAAUUAUCCGAAGGAUAUACAAUUUCCGUUAAUGUUUACUGCUCAACAACAAAUUAUGAACCUGUGAUUAACGUAAUUGGGUGGUCACAAUAUUAUAUCUAUUUUCAAAUAAUUGAAUCAAAUUAUAACAGUUCAAAUUUUGAAAAUUCAAAUUCAAAUGAUUCAAAUAUAAUUUCUGAAAGUCAUGAUCAACCCAAUGGUGACACCAACUUUUUAGUUAAUAUUGAAAUAAGUAUCUGUAUUUUAUCUUCUCGUUAUGAAAAUUUGAAUAUUGAUAAUAGAGAGUUGAAGAAAUAUUCUUUAAAUUUAAUUGGACACAUUUUAACUAAGAAUACAAAAGCUAUUCCAUCUACAAAAUUUGUUCCUUUAAUUUCUGAAAUUGAAAAUAAUUUUAACGAAAUUGUCAAAUUAACACAAGCUGCUGAACAUAAUAAACGAACUUGUGAAAUAUUAAAAGAACGAAGUCAAUCUGUGAACUUAGUCGUACUAGAUCUAAGAAGUAAAGAAGAAUUUUUUAAUAAUAAAAAUUAUUUUUAUACGAAUAAUUUAAUUAAUAUUAUAACACAAAUCAAAAAAUUUAUUUCGGAUAUUUCUCAAAUGAAAUCCCUGAUAAAAUAUAUUAAAGCGAAAAAUAUUGAGAAAAUUUUUAAAGAAUUAUGUGAAGAAUUUGAUAGUUGUAUUAAUUCACUGCCCUUUUCUAUUGACGUUAAUAUUGAUGAUGAACUCGGGCAAUUAAAAGCAGAUCAAGUUGAUUUAUUUAAAUAUCUACAAGAAAUGGCGGCUGGUAUUGCGACUGGCGUAAAAGAUAUUGGAAUUACGACUAAUGUAAAAGAUAUUGGAGAUGAGAUUAAAGCCGGCCUCGAAAACUUAAGUAAUCAGUUUUCCACUACAGUUGUAAAAGUAAAUGCAAUGAAUAAAACAAUGGAAAAAUUUAUGAACAGUACUUCUCACAACCAAACAAAGAUUGACUAUAUCUUUCAGUUACAUUCACUAAAAUUGUCUGAUUAUAAACAAGAUGAUAAUGAAAAAUCACGUAAAGAUGGACGUGUAACUAAAUGGAUUAGUGUUAAAAAUGGAGGUGAUGAAUUUGCGUUUAAAAGAAUUCUUAAGAACGAGAACUUGAAGGUUAUACGAAAUCAAGUUACAAUUCUUAAGGAACUUCAUGAAUGGGAAAAUAUUAUAAAAUUUUAUGGACUUGUUCCCGAUGAAAACACAUGGUAUUUGGUGACUGAAUGGGCUGAACAUGGAAAUUUACGUGAAUUUUAUACAAACCAUAAAGACCGAUUCGACCUUAGAUUAAAAUUACGUGUGUCUCUUGAUAUUGCUCGUGGAUUAAAUUUUCUAAGAACUGUAGAGAUUAUGCAUCGUGAUAUUAGAGCUAAGAAUGUAUUAAUUACAAUCAAUGAGACAGCAAAACUUACAAAUAUUAGAUCAAGCCGUAACCACCUAUUAGUAAAUAAAAUACUAGGGAUAGAAGACCCAGUUUUAGAACGAGCUCGUUAUCGUGCACCUGAAUCGAUUCCAGGUUACAAGUAUGAUCAAAAUUGUGAUGUUUAUAGUUUUGGAAUCUUACUUUGGGAAAUUGCUGAAGAGAGAAUUCCAUAUAAAGAUACUGAUAAUAUUUUGGAAAUAUAUGAUAAGGUAUAUAAUAAAAUGUAUAGAGAACCAUUUUCUGAAAAUAGCAAAAUGCCAGAAGAAUUCAAACAAUUACAAUUUGAAGCCGUUCAUCAAGACCCAGAUUUUAGGCCAAAAAUUACAAAAAUGUUUGAAGUUCUUAGAAAUUGUGUCAAGAGAUAUUCACUUUCACAAGAUCCAUCAAGUUCUAAUAGUUCAAGCCCCACCACUCUGAAGUUUCCUCCAAAACGAGCAUUCAGAAUUGAUCAAGAUGCAUAUGCACUUCCUAUUAAUUCACCGGAUUUUGAAUCAUUUAAAUACAUGACACUUGCUGAUGCAGCAAAACAACAUAAGAUGUAUAAAAAAAAUGGUAAACCUGUUGGAGAUGUAAAAACCGCAUAUAAAUGUUUUGAAGAAUAUGCAAAUAAUCCAAAUACAACAAAACGUAAUCGAAUCACAGCAAAAUAUUAUAAAGCAGUUUACAUUUUAAAAGGAUUGGUUGAGGGUCCUCCAAAUAAAGAUAAAAUUGUUGCUGAGAUAUUUAAGGAAGUUGCUGAUGAUGAAGCAAAUGAACAUCCUGAAGCAAAAGCUUGGUAUGGAUAUUGUUUGUUUAAUGGCAAAGGUGUUGAAAAGAAUGAAUCAGAAGCUCUUAAAUAUUUUGAACAAGCUGCUGAAGAUGACAUUAAAGUAGCAAUGUAUAAUGUUGGAAAGAUGUAUUAUAAUGGUUAUGAAUGUACAAAAGAUAUAGAAAAAGCUAAAAAUUAUAUAGAGUUAGCUGCUUAUAAUUGUUACGAACCUGCUAUCACGCUUCGUAAUGAAUAUAACCUUUAA